AUGAUUUCCUUACGGAGGAUCUUUUUAAAAUUACUGUCAAAAUUCUCACCUUACAAUUUUAUUGAGACACGAGACGAACUUGAUCCUAUAAAUUACGUCAGCGUUCAUAUAUUCUGGUUGAAAUUCUAUGGCAUGUGGUACAAUAACAGCUCUUGGAAGAAACUGAAGUUUUGGCUUAAAAUUUUCUAUACUUUCAUAGUAUUUUGGCUAGUUUGUAUAAUACCGUGUAUAGGAGAGAUAUUUUACUUGUUACGUCGACGUGGAAACAUCGGUCAUAUAGCUGAAGGACUGUAUCUAUUUCUCAGCGAAAUGUACACGUACUUUAAACUUAUAGUUUUUUGGUACAAGAAGAAAGAGAUUUUGAAUUUACUUAAUUUUAUGCAUUGUCCUGAAUUUAAGCCGCAAGAAAUUGAACAUAAUGAUAUUAUAAAAAGAAGAAUAAAAACUGCCCGAUUCGUGAUGUGUGCUUAUACGGGGAUGUGUGUGGGUGCCGUCUCAGUGGGAAUACUAAUGCCAAUAACAGAGAACUUUGUUAUAUUACCAACUAAUGUCGAAUAUCCGUACAUCGACGUGUACAAAUCACCGACAUAUUAUUUCAUUUAUUUUCAUCACAUAUAUUACAAACCCGCUACGUGCAUUAUUGACGGCGUUAUGGACACAAUAUUGGCUGCUUUUGUUGCGUCUGCAAUUGGACAAAUAGAAAUAUUAUCAUUUAACUUAAGAAAUUUUAAAGCAAUGGCCCAACGUCAAGAAAAAAGGCAAUUAAAAACUUUUAAUUCUAGAAGUCAUCCUUAUCGCGAUGAUCAUGUGAAGUGUGUUUUGAAGAAAUGCAUUAAACAUCAUGAUGCUAUCAUAAGGUAUAUCACAAUGAUAGAAUCUGCAUUCAGUUUGUCGUCGGCUCUACAGUUUAUGUUAAGUGUCAUGGUACUUUGUUUAGUUGGAAUCAAUUUUUUAUCGAUCGAAAACCAUUUGGAUCAUUGCAUGCAAAUAAUGUGGAUGGCUAUAUAUUUAACAUGCAUGUUGACAGAAGUGUUCAUAUUGUGUUGGUUUGGUAAUGAAUUAAUUUUGAAAAGUCUGGAACUUCAAAACGCGACAUUUGAUAGUCCUUGGUUGGACAUAGAUCAAUCUACGAAAAUGUACAUAAUUAUAUUCAUGGAGCGAUGCAAGCGCCCCCUUUUAAUUACAGCUGGAAAGUAUUUCUCCCUCUCACUCAGUACAUACACAAACCUUAUUAAUUGGUCUUACAAAGCAUUUGCUGUUAUGAGAAAUAUGAAAAACAACGUUCUAGACAAGUAAAUCUGCCAGAUUAGUAAA